AUGGCUCUUCAGGGUCUUGGAACAUAUCUGUGUUUCGCUCCAAAGUUUGAAACCAACUACGAUACAACUGAUUAUUCUUUCAUCAUGGGUAGCGUGGACAUGUCCCUCAUCAAAGAUGAAAAUGAUCAAAUGGCUGAGCAGAUUAGAGUGUCGAGCGUCUGGUCUGGUCCUGGGCCUGCAGCUUAUGACUUCCGGACAGACACCAUCACGACACCAACUUUUUCCAUGCUGCAAGCGAUCGCGCAAACAACGUUGAUGGAUGAUUGCUACCAAGAAGAUCCAACAACGACGGAAUUUGAGAAGUUCAUGGCUGAGUUAACAGGCAAGGAGGACAGCCUCCUGGUCAUGUCGGGAACGAUGGGAAAUCAGAUCGCUCUCCGCUCGCUUUUGACGCAACCACCUCACGCAAUUCUCUGCCAUCAUCGAUCUCACAUCCUCACUUCGGAGGCUGGUGGCUGCUCAUCUUUAUCUCAGGCGCACAUGCAACCGUGUAUUCCGGCCAAAGGACAGUACCUGACCUUAGAGGAUAUCAAGCAAACUGCAGUCAUCAGUAACAAUAUACAUGUCUCUCCGACCCGCGUCAUCUCGCUGGAGAAUACCCUGGGUGGUGUCAUAACUCCGCUGGAGGAGAUCUGCCGGAUAUCCGCGUUUGCUCGCUCCAACGGUAUCAAGAUGCACCUAGACGGUGCAAGACUUUGGGAGGUAGUAGCCGCUGGAGCUGGUUCCUUGACCGACUUUUUAGAAUGCUUCGAUACCGCGCAAAUAUGCUUCUCCAAGGGCCUGGCCGCUCCCAUAGGGAGCAUUAUCGUUGGUCCGAAAGAGAUACUCGAUCACUGUAGAUGGGUGAGGAAGAGCAUCGGCGGAGGCAUCCGACAAGCCGGGAUCAUUUGCGCGGCUGCCCGCGUUGCGGUGGAAGAGAAUUUCGGCAAGGGCCCCAAUGGCGAAGGCGGCCGGUUGCGAGAAACGCACAAGAAGGCCAAGACCAUUGAGGAUAUGUGGCUCAGUCGCGGCGGCACGGUCAGUCGACCAGUUGAAACAAACAUGGUCUGGUUAGAUUUGUCGUAUAGCGGUAUCACAGCGGACGAGCUCAUCCGUGUGGGCAAGGAGGAAGGAGUUAAAUUGAUGAGUGGAAGGAUAGUCGUCCACUAUCAAAUUGCCAAGGGGGCUAUAGUCAGGCUAGAAAAGGUUUUUGAUCGCUUGCUGUCAGUCAAAGAGAAGAGGAACCGUAUAGCUCAAGAGGCACAAUUUGAAUACAGGUAG